AUGUGGGGCGGCCGCAAGCUGAGUUCCUCCGGCAGUCGUUUUUUCGGUGUGUUCGGGUCCGGGCGUCGGGGUACACAAACCGAGCGCCCUCCCCCAACCUCAUCGGCCGUUUAUUCAAAGAACCAGCUUAAUUGGACUCUACAAACUAAACCAGGGGUUUUUGGUGAAUACAGAACCAUGUGGUUCAAAUCCUGCAGGACUUUUUCCUGUUUGAACAGAAUGAAAAUUUACAGGUACCUCUGGACGAGACUAUACAGUACUUCACAAACCACAGUUGACAGCAGUGAGGUCAAAACCUUCCUGGCCCUGGCUCACAAGUGGUGGGACGAGCAAGGAGUGUAUGCUCCUCUUCAUUCCAUGAAUGACCUGAGGGUACCAUUUAUUAGAGACAAUCUUUUGAAAACAGUUCCUAAUCACCAGCUGGGAAAACCUUUGUCUGGGAUGAGGAUUCUUGAUGUUGGCUGUGGUGGUGGACUGUUAGCUGAACCUCUAGGGCGGCUUGGGGCUUCAGUUCUUGGACUUGAUCCUGUGACUGAGAACAUUAAAACAGCACAGUGCCAUAAAUCAUUUGAUCCAGUCCUGGAUAAGAGGAUAGAGUACAGAGCAUGUUCCCUGGAAGAGAUUGUAGAAGAGACUGCAGAAACAUUUGAUGCCGUUGUAGCUUCUGAAGUUGUGGAACAUGUAACUGAUCUAGAAACAUUUUUACAGUGCUGCUGUCAAGUGUUGAAACCCGGUGGCUCUUUAUUCAUUACUACAAUCAACAAAACCCAACUGUCCUAUGCCUUGGGAAUUGUUUUUUCAGAACAAAUUGCAGGUAUCGUACCAAAAGGUACUCAUACAUGGGAGAAGUUUGUUUCACCCGAAAAUCUAGAGAGCAUUCUGGAAUCAAAUGGUCUGUCAGUUCAAACUGUGACAGGGAUGCUCUAUAACCCAUUCUCAGGCUACUGGCAUUGGAGUGAAAAUACCAGCCUUAACUAUGCAGCUCAUGCCAUGAAAUCCAGGGUACAAGAACACCCAGUGUCUGCUGAGCCUGUUUCAAAAGGGGAACCAGAAGACCUCCGAGCUAAUGCCUGCCCCAACCCGGUUGUGCAUGAAGAGCCGAAGAAAUGAAUUGCUUCUGAGGGUGGAGUAAUAAGACUUGAGAGUCUGAUGUAUACAAAUAUAAAACAUACACAAUUUAUCCUUAGAAUCGUGAAAAAAAGGCCAAUAAAAACGGCUAAAAACCUUGGACAAAGUUUUUAUAUUUUAUCUAAUAGCUAUUUUCAAGACCUUCUGUGGAUAAACAGUUUUGUCGAGAUAUUUUGUGUGAUCUAGGUACUUAAGUCCCUCAGCCUUUGAUGUAUGAGUAGGGUAUACAUAUUUGUUUCAUCUCACAAAACAGAUUUUUUCCCUUAUGUAUUUGCAUACUUGUAUGGUGUAAUGUAUUUUAAUUUAAAGGAAUCUAUAUCAUCUAUAUUUUUCUUUAUUUGGUUUUAGUUAAAGGCAGUUGUGCCUUUGACUAAUAAAAACCACAUAAAGUA